AUGACCGAGUCGGAGACUAUAGUCGUGGUGGGGUGUCAUUGGACUGUCAAUAGCACUGAAUAUCCAACAAUAUCUGAGCCCUUCUCAGUCAGUCCUUAUUGUAGCAAGAGACCUCCCUCGGACACAUCCGUCAACUAUGCCUCGCCGUGGGCGGGAGCUCAUUAUCGCCCGGUGCCCGGUUCUUCCCCCCAGGCGCUCCGCGAAGCAGGCCAAGCUUUGCGCACAUACGAGUUUAUGAAGCGUGUAGCUGUGGAUGAGCCAGCAUCAGGUGUCCAGUUCAUCAAGGGAAUAGAAUAUCUUGAGGCCCCGCCGCCGGAGUACCUCGAUGAGCAAAGCGUGCGAAAUUCAUAUUCACACCUAGAUGGCCUCCGAUAUCUUUCGGCAAAAGAGCGCCCCGCUGGCGUGGUAUGGGGUGUUGAAUACGACACCUAUGUGGUCAAUUCUCCAGUAUACUGUGCAUAUAUGCUACGAAAAUUCAUUUUGAAAGGUGGCAGCAUGAGGAAAUAUACUCUUGCAAGCUUGAAAGAAGCAUUUUCGCUAGCUAGCAAUGUGCGAAACCGUGGCCAAACCUGUCUCGUUCGGAAUCUUUCUUCUGCCACAAUCACUCGCCAGAACAGCGAUGGUUCGUGGUCAUUCUGUAUACCGCGCCCUCUUGACGGAGGCACCAUAAUCGGUGGGACCAAACAGCCGCACAACUGGGACCCUCACCCUUCGCCGGAGAUACGGGCUACUUUGCUUGCGAAUGCGGCUAAAUGGUUUCCCUUCACCCCGGAGAGCGAGGGAAAGUUUGAUGUCAUCCACGAUAUUGUAGGACGGCGACCAGCGCGUGAAGGCGGAAUGCGUCUCGAGGUCGAGAAGGUCGGCAGCGAGCAAUUCAUAGUUCAUGCCUAUGGCGCUGGGGGUCGGGGAUUCGAGAUUUCGCGCGGGGUCGCAGAAGAUACUACAGCUUUGAUGCUGGACCAUGGAUUUUUGCAUCCCAAGGCUGCACUCUAG